GACGGCCUACACCAGCCAAACCCGGAGGACGCUAGGUCUAUUGUGCACCGCCCUAUCCGACAACAAAUCACAGCCAGUUGUGAUACAGCCUGGAUUCGAACCAGGGUGUCUGUAGUGACGCCUCUAGCACUGAGAUGCAGUGCCUUAGACCGCUGCGCCACUCGGGAGCCCCAAAUGCCAGCUAAGCCCCGGUCUGUGCUCUACGCAGGAGCUCUUAAUGCUCUCUCCCAACACAUACACCUCCCUCUUUCUCUCUCUCCCGCUCUCUUUCUGCCACGCUCCCAUGCUUGGGGGAACAAGGCUCAACCGGUGGUGGUAGGAGAAGCGGGACUGGAGUGUUUAGUGCUGUCGUCACUGCUCUUGAUCGUUUGACCCUGGGAGAAAGUUCUGCCACAGGGGGAAAUAUGUGUCUGAAACCGAGGGGCUGGAACAGAGAGAAUAGGCGAAGGAUACCCCGAGCGUGAGAGCCUCGGCUCAGGCUUUGACCAUUCAGCUACUGGACGAAAUUGUGGCUGAGAGACUGGAGGCUCAGGAGGCCAGAGGAAGAUGCUGAACCCAUGGGGGCUGUUCCUCUGCCAGCUGGCAAUAAACAUGUCUUACCAUGUCAUAAAAGCCAGCCUCUGCCUGGGUGGGUCAGACAUCUUUGCGACGGUGAGCGAGAACCGACCCGUAGGAGAGUUCAUUGCGAACCUCAGCAUCGUCGGGGACCCUACAGGAGUCAAUAGCAUCCGCUUGUGCCUCACCGGAGAGAACGCCAAUUGGUUCUACCUAGAAGGGAGAACCAUCAGGCUCAACUCAUCCAUUUUAAGAGUCCUGGAUCGAGAGCGCCAGGGAUCUGUUUUGAUGGCAGCAUUAACAUGUUAUGAAGACGACAUAAUACAAAGUGAAUACAGGGUCAUGGUUGAGAUCCUGAACGAAAACGAUAACAAACCAAGGUUCCUUGAGAAGACUAUACAACCGCGUUACAUAAGUGAGCUCACUGCAGUCAACUCUGUCGUCUUCACUGUCAAGGCCAUCGAUGCUGAUGGAGACACCGUCACCUACAUCAUCGACAGAGCCUCGCCUGAUGCCAGCUACUUCAGGAUAGACCUGCCCAACAGUGGUAAAGUAAUCCUGGACAAGCCUUUGGACUAUGAGACCAAAACCAAGCUGCAGCUAGUCAUCUACGCUGUGGAAACCAACACCAAGGAGUGGUACAACACUUCCGCCUCACUGAUUGUGAACGUGGAGGACGGGGACGACCAUUACCCUCAGUUCCUACCGUGCACACCCAUCUCCCAGGACCACGACCACACGGUUGUCUGCACCAACCCCAUCUACGUGGUCAACAUCACAGAAAAGGACCAGGACAUGUUACUGAAUUUCUCUCCUGGUCCAAUUCAUGCCGAAGACGGAGACAGAAGCCUUGAUACGCCUUUGCUCUACUCCAUUCUCUCAGGUGCUGACAAAAACAGGUUUCAGAUUGACAACCAAACAGCAGAGAUCACAAUGACAAAACGGGUGGAAAACAGACAUAUGACACCUAUAUUCCGACUGCGCAUCAUGGCAUCUCAGCUGAAUGACCCAAAGAAGUACAGUGUGGCGACAGCGCUGGUCCGGGUGCUAGCAGAGAACCGGUUCCCUCCCCUCUUUAACAGAACCACGUACAAGGGCUUCAUCAUCGAGAGCUCCAGCCCUGCCACGCUAGUCUCCACCUAUGGGAACGAGGUGCUUUUCAUCCAAGCCAUAGACCAGGACUUUGUAGAUGGGGUGAAUCCAAAAAUGCAUUAUUCUCUCCAGCCCACACGAGCCACCACUGGACUGUACCACAUCACAGAGGAAGGGGUUAUCAUCGCUAAGACUGACCGCCUACGAUCCUUCGACAGGCUCAUCCUAGAGGUGGUCGCUAUGGAUGAGGAAUCAGGUGAAGUUGCUAAAGCCUCAGUCGACAUAGAGCUGCUACAAAGAAGCCAGCCAAUCCCUUGGACACCUUUCAGAGACAUGGAUGUGAGGAUAGCUGGCGGUAUUAUGGGUGGGAUGCUGCUGCUGUUAGUGACAACCCUGUUCCUGCUGAUCCGAUGGGCCAAGAGGAGGAGGAGGAGACAGAGACAAAACCCGGCCGGACGAGGGGCUGUCGCCCUGGGGAAACACCUCAAAGUGGUGAACUCGGGCCGGCCCAUGAUCCCCUUGGUCGAGGAGGUCUCCUACCAGAACGAAGGGUUCAGCAUAGACUACGAGGCCUCGGGAGGUUCCGGAAGCCUCUUUGGGAGACAUGGGGUCUACACCAGGAAACAGUCGCUGAUCCCGCCGCCGCCACGCUGCCACAGCAGCCAUCCAGACUGCGGCUCCGGUACCGUAACAGGCGACAUGCUGCCUAUACUGGUGACGCCAGAGCCCCUGGUUAAAGACCUCACUCCCGCCCUCAUCUCCAACAGCAGGAAAGGUGACAACACCAUCAGCACAGGGGCUGUGACAAAAGACGAGAAGGAGAGGAAUAAGCAGACGGAUAUGGAGAAAGAGGAGGAGAGGGAUAAGCAGAGGGAUAUGGAGAAAGAGGAGGAGAGGGAUAAGCAGAGGGAUAUGGAGAAAGAGGAGGAGAGGGAUAAGCAGAGGGAUAUGGAGAAAGAGGAGGAGAGGGAUAAGCAGAGGGAUAUGGAGAAAGAGGAGGAGAGGAAUAAGCAGAGGGAUAUGGAGAAAGAGGAGGAGAGGGAUAAGCAGAGGGAUAUGGAGAAAGAGAAGGAGAGGAAUAAGCAGAGGGAUAUGGAGAAAGAGAAGGAGAGGAAUAAGCAGAGGGAUAUGGAGAAAGAGGAGGAGAGGAAUAAGCAGAGGGAUAUGGAGAAAGAGGAGGAGAGGAAUAAGCAGAGGGAUAUGGAGAAAGAGGAGGAGAGAGAUAAGCAGAGGGAUAUGGAGAAAGAGAAGGAGAGGAACAAGCAGAGGGAUAUGGAGAAAGAGGAGGAGAGGGAAUGGGAGAAGCAGUGGGAACGCGCUGUUGGCACAAAAGAGAAGAGAAAGUCCGAGGGGGAAAGGACGGAUAAGCCGAGAGAUGUUUUGGGUGCUUCUAGUGAGACGGCAGACGUAAGCGAGGCCUCCGAGGACCAAACAAACACAGAAAAGCCUCAGAGCCACAGGAUGAAAACACACCAAAUCAGAGAACCUAAAGACGGGCACAAAAGCACUUCUGAAGAGUAGUCUGAGGCAGAAAAAUCAAUAUUAGGCUAUGCACUCUGAUGUGUCUUUCAGACAAUUAUGACACAGCCUCGGAGGACGACCAGGUCCCGUUACUCCAGUAUCAGGACGUCGAGGGGGGAAAUGCAGCGCAACAAACCAGUGAUCAAGCAAACAGAUGACCGAGUAACCCACAUUUGCACCAUUCAGACUCACACUCUGGGCUUCAGACUCACAUUGAAGAUACAAAAUAACUCUUAACUAUUUAUUUAAAAAAAUUUAAAAAACGGACAUUAUGGAGCCAAACAAACUCUUUACACAGACAAAAAUGUAUAUAAAUGUUUUUUUCUCUCUCCAAUUCCAUAUAAUUAUGUUGGUGUCACACUCUGACCAUUAUUUGAGUUGUUUGUUUCGUCAGGGUGUGAUAUGAGUGGGCAUUCUAUGUUGCAUGUCUAGUUAGUCUGUUUCUAUGUGUUUUGGCCUGAUAUGGUUCUCAAUCAGUGGCAGGUGUUUGUCGUUGUCUCUGAUGCAUGUUUGCAGACAGUAUUAAUAGCGGUCACGUUCAUCUUAUUAUUUUGUUCGUUUGUUUAGUAUUCGUCGUGUUCUUUCAUCUACAUUAAAAGAAUGUAUUCACACCA